CGCACGCAAGUCGUGAGGCCCCCUUCGCCCGCGACGGCGCUGCGUCACGGGCUUUCGGGCGCUUUCCUCCUAGAGACGGCGACUGCUGCCGGGCCGAGCGCUGGCCUCCAGCGCCAGUGGAGCCAGGUCGGCGGCGCGAUGAGGCGCAGCAAGGCCGAUGUGGAGCGGUACAUCGCCUCGGUGCAGGGCUCCGCCCCGUCGCCCCGAGAGAAGUCAAUGAAAGGAUUUUAUUUUGCGAAGCUGUAUUACGAAGCUAAAGAAUAUGAGCUCGCUAAAAAAUACAUAUCUGCAUAUAUUAAUGUGCAAGAGAGGGAUCCCAAAGCUCACAGAUUUCUGGGUCUUCUUUAUGAAGUGGAAGAAAACACAGACAAAGCUGUUGAAUGUUAUAAGCGUUCGGUGGAGUUAAACCCAACACAAAAAGAUCUAGUGUUGAAGAUUGCGGAAUUGCUUUGUAAAAAUGAUGUUACUGAUGGACGAGCAAAAUAUUGGGUUGAAAGAGCAGCUAAACUUUUUCCAGGAAGUCCAGCAAUUUAUAAACUAAAGGAACAGCUUUUAGACUGUAAAGGUGAAGAUGGAUGGAAUAAACUUUUUGACUUGAUUCAGUCAGAACUUUACGCAAGGCCUGAUGAUGUCCAUGUGAACAUUCGACUAGUGGAGCUGUAUCGCUCAAAUAAAAGAUUGAAAGAUGCUGUGGCCCACUGCCAUGAGGCAGAGAGAAACAUAGCUUUGCGUUCAAGUUUAGAAUGGAAUUUGUGUGUUGUACAGACCCUUAAGGAAUAUCUGGAAUCUUUACAGUGUUUGGAGUCUGAUAAAAGUGACUGGCGAGCAACCAAUAAAGACUUACUUCUGGCCUAUGCUAACCUUAUGUUUCUUACACUUUCCAGUAGAGAUGUGCAGGAAAGCAGAGAAUUAUUGGAAAGUUUUGAUAAUGCUCUUCAGUCUGUGAAAUCUUCUGUGGGUGGAAAUGAUGAACUGUCAGCUACUUUCUUAGAAAUGAAAGGACAUUUCUACAUGCAUGCUGGUUCUCUGCUUUUGAAGAUGAGUCAGCAUAGUGAUGUACAGUGGCGAGCUCUCUCUGAGCUGGCUGCAUUGUGCUAUCUCAUAGCAUUUCAGGUUCCAAGACCAAAGAUUAAAUUAAUAAAAGGAGAAGCUGGACAAAAUCUGCUGGAAAUGAUGGCCUGUGAUCGUCUGAGCCAAUCAGGACACAUGUUGCUAAACUUAAGUCGUGGCAAGCAAGAUUUUUUAAAAGAGGUUGUGGAAUCUUUUGCCAAUAACAGUGGGCAGUCUACUUUAUAUGAUGCUCUGUUUUCUAGUCAGUCACCUAAGGAUAAAUCUUUCCUUGGUGGUGAUGAUAUUGGAAACAUUGCUGUACAAGCACCAGAGCCUGAUGAUUUGGCUAGAUAUGAUGUUGGUGCCAUUCGAGCUCAUAAUGGUAGUCUUCAACACCUUACUUGGCUUGGCUUACAGUGGAAUUCAUUGCCUACGUUACCUGCAAUUCGAAAAUGGCUAAAACAGCUUUUCCAUCAUUUGCCCCAGGAAACCUCAAGGCUUGAAACAAAUGCACCUGAAUCAAUAUGUAUUUUAGAUCUUGAAGUAUUUUUACUUGGAGUGAUAUACACCAGCCACUUACAAUUAAAGGAGAAAUGUAAUUCUCACUACAGCACCUAUCAGCCACUCUGCUUACCACUUCCCGUGUGUAAACAGCUUUGUACAGAUAGACAGAAAACUUGGUGGGAUGCAGUUUGUAAUCUAAUUCACAGAAAAGCAAUACCUGGAACCUCAGCAAAAUUGCGACUUCUAGUUCAGCAUGAAAUAAACACUCUAAGAGGCCAGGAAAAACAUGGCCUUCAACCUGCUCUGCUUGUACAUUGGGCAAAAUGCCUUCAGAAAACAGGCAGCGGUCUUAAUUCUUUUUAUGAUCAGCGGGAAUACAUAGGCAGAAGCGUUCAUUAUUGGAAAAAAGUUUUGCCAUUAUUGAAGAUAAUCAAAAAGAAGAACAAUAUUCCUGAACCUACUGAUCCUCUGUUUAAACAUUUUCAUAGUGCGGACCUUCAGGCAUCUGAAAUUGGUGAAUACGAAGAAGAUGCACAUAUAACUUUUGCUAUAUUGGAUGCGGUUAAUGGAAAUAUAGAAGAUGCUAUGACUGCUUUUGAAUCUAUAAAAAAUGUUGUUUCUUACUGGAAUCUUGCACUGAUUUUUCACAGGAAGGCAGAAGACAUUGAAAACGAUGCCCUUUCUCCUGAAGAACAAGAAGAGUGCAAAAAUUAUUUGAGAAGGACGAGGGACUACCUACUAAAGAUUAUAGAUGACAGUGAUUCAAAUCUUUCAGUGGUCAGGAAAUUGCCUGUGCCCCUGGAGUCUGUAAAAGAGAUGCUUAAUUCAGUCAUGCAGGAACUUGAAGACUACAGUGAAGGAGGCCCUUUUUAUAAAAAUGGUUCUUUGCGAAAUGCGGAUUCAGAAAUAAAACAUUCUACACCGUCUCCCACCAGAUAUUCACUAUCACCAAGUAAAAGUUACAAGUAUUCUCCCAAAACACCACCUCGUUGGGCAGAAGAUCAGAAUUCUUUACUGAAAAUGAUUUGCCAACAAGUAGAGGCCAUUAAGAAAGAAAUGCAGGAAUUGAAACUAAAUAGCAGUAACUCAGCAUCCCCUCAUCGUUGGCCCACAGAGAAUUAUGGACCAGAUGGAGUGCCUGAUGGAUAUCAGGGAUCACAGACUUUUCAUGGGGCUCCACUAACAGUUGCAACUACUGGCCCUUCAGUAUAUUAUAGUCAGUCACCAGCAUAUAAUUCCCAGUAUCUUCUCAGACCAGCAGCUAAUGUUACUCCCACAAAGGGUCCAGUGUAUGGAAUGAAUAGGCUUCCACCCCAACAGCAUAUUUAUAACUAUUCACAACAGAUGCACACACCACCAGUGCAAAGCUCAUCUGCUUGUAUGUUCUCUCAGGAGAUGUAUGGUCCUCCUACAUUGCGUUUUGAGUCUCCUGCAACAGGAAUUCUGUCACCCAGGGGUGAUGAUUACUUUAAUUGCAAUGUUCAACAGACAAGCACAAAUCCACCUUUGCCAGAACCAGGAUAUUUCACAAAACCUCCUGUUGCAGCUCAUACUUCAAGAUCUGCAGAAUCUAAGGUUACGGAAUUUGGAAAAACUAACUUUGUUCAGCCCAUGCCAGCUGAAGGAAUAAGACCAUCUUUGACAACACCAGCACAUACAACACAGCCAGCUCCUUUUAAAUUUAACUCAAAUUUCAAAUCAAAUGAUGGCGACUUUACAUUUUCCUCACCACAGGUUGUGACACAUCCCACUUCUGCAGCUUUCAGUAACAAUGAAUGCCUUUUAGGUCUCCUGACUUCAGAUAAACCUUUGCAAGGAGAUAGCUAUAGUGGACCAAAACCAAUUCCUAGCCAAACCAUUGGACCUCGAAAUACAUUCAAUUUUGGAAGCAAAAAUAUGCCUGGAAUUCCAUUUACAGAAAACAUGGGACCAAGUCAGCAAAAGAAUUCUGGUUUUCGUCGAAGUGAUGAUAUGUUUACUUUCCAUGGUCCAGGGAAAUCAAUAUUUGGAACACCCACUCCAGAGCUGGCAAGCAAGAAUCAUGAAACAGAUGGAGGAAGUGCCCAUGGGGAUGAUGAAGAUGAUGGCCCUCAUUUUGAGCCUGUGGUUCCUCUUCCCGAUAAGAUUGAAGUAAAAACUGGUGAAGAAGAUGAAGAAGAAUUCUUUUGCAAUCGUGCAAAGUUGUUCCGUUUUGAUGGAGAAUCAAAAGAAUGGAAGGAACGUGGGAUUGGCAAUGUAAAAAUACUAAGGCAUAAAACAUCUGGUAAAAUUCGCCUUCUAAUGAGACGAGAGCAAGUGCUGAAAAUCUGUGCAAAUCAUUACAUCAGUCCAGAUAUGAAACUGACGCCAAAUGCUGGAUCAGACCGAUCUUUUGUAUGGCAUGCCCUUGAUUAUGCAGAUGAACUGCCCAAACCAGAACAACUUGCUAUCAGAUUUAAAACUCCUGAGGAAGCAGCACUUUUUAAGCGCAAGUUUGAAGAGGCCCAGAGCAUUUUAAAAGCCAUAGGAACAAAUGUAGCCACAGCUCCAAAUCAGACUGUCAGAAUGGCAAAAGAACCCACAAGUCAUGAUAACAAGGAUAUUUGCAAAUCUGAUGCUGGAAACAUGAAUUUUGAAUUUCAAGUUGCAAAGAAAGAAGGGUCUUGGUGGCAUUGUAACAGCUGCUCAUUAAAGAAUGUUGCAACUGCAAAGAAAUGUGUAUCAUGCCAAAAUCUAAACCCAAGCAAUAAAGAGCUUGUUGGCCCACCAUUAGUUGAAACUGUUUUUGCUCCUAAAACUGGCCCAGAAAAUGCUCAAGAUAGAUUUGCAUUGAUGACUCCAAAGAAGGAAGGCCACUGGGAUUGCAGUAUUUGUUUAGUAAGAAAUGAACCUACUGUAACUAGGUGUAUUGCAUGCCAGAAUACAAAAUCUGCUAACAAAAAUGGUUCUUCGUUUGUUCCUCAAACUUCUUUUAAAUUCGGCCAGGGAGAUCUUCCUAAGUCUGUUAACAGUGAUUUCAGAUCUGUUUUUUCUACAAAGGAGGAACAGUGGGAUUGUGGUAUAUGUUUAGUACACAACGAGGGAAGCUCUACAAAAUGUAUUGCUUGUCAGAAUCCGAGAAAACAAAGUCUACCUAUUACUUCUGUUUCAGCACCUGCCUCUUUUAAGUUUGGUACUUCAGAGAUAAGUAAAACUCUGAAGAGUGGAUUUGAGGACAUGUUUGCUAAGAAGGAAGGACAGUGGGAUUGUAGUUCAUGCUUAGCGCGAAAUGAAGCAAGUGCUACAAAAUGUGUUGCUUGUCAGAAUCCAAGUAAACCUAGUCCAUCUACUUCUGCUGUUCCAGCUCCUGCCUCUUUUAAGUUUGGUACUUCAGAGACAAGCAAGGCUCCAAAGAGUGGGUUUGAAGGAGUGUUCACCAAGAAGGAAGGACAGUGGGAUUGCAGUGUGUGCUUAGUAAGAAACGAAGCCAGCACUACCAAAUGUGUUGCUUGUCAGAAUCCAAGUAAACAGAAUCAGUCUACUUUUGCUCCUUCAGCACCUGCCUCUUCAGAGACAAGCAAGGCUCCAAAGAGUGGGUUUGAGGGAAUGUUCACCAAGAAGGAAGGACAGUGGGAUUGCAGUUCGUGCUUGGUAAGAAAUGAAGCCAGCGCCACCAAAUGUAUUGCUUGUCAGAAUCCAAGUAAACAGAGUCAGCCUACUUCAGCUAUUUCAGCACCUGCCUCCUCAGAGACAAGCAAGGCUCCAAAGAGUGGAUUUGAAGAAGUGUUCACCAAAAAGGAAGGGCAGUGGGAUUGUGGUGUUUGCUUUGUACAAAAUGAGAGUUCGUCUUUAAAAUGUGUGGCUUGUGAUUCCUCCAAACCAACUCAUAAACCUGUUGCAGAAGUUCCUUCAGCUUUCACAUUGGGCUCAAAAACAAAGUUAAAUGACUCUUCUGGAAGUCAGGUGGGAACAGAAUUUAAAAGUAACUUUUCAGAAAAAGAUGUUAAAUUUGGCAACAGAGAACAAGGAUUUAAAUUUGGGCAUGUGGAUCAAGUAAAUAUACCUUCAUUUACAUUUCAGAGUUCUUCUAAUACAGAAUCCAAGUCAACAAAAGAAGGGUUUACUUUUUCCAUUCCUGCGUCUGCUGAUGGAUAUAAAUUUGGCAUUCAGGAACCAGGAAAUCAAGAGAAGAAGAGUGAAAAGCACCUUGAAAAUGACACUGGUUUCCUGGCUCAGGAUGUUAGUAGCCAAAAGAAUGGUAGUGGUGUGAUUUUUGGUCAGACAGGUAGCACUUUUACCUUUGCAGAUCUUGCAAAAUCAACUUCAGGAGAAGGAUUUCAAUUUGGCAAAAAAGACCCUAAUUUCAAGGGGUUUUCAGGUGCUGGAGAAAAAUUAUUCUCAUCACAGAGUGGUAAAGUGGCUGAUAAAGCCAACACUUCUGCUGACCUUGAGAAAGAUGAUGAUGCCUAUAAAACUGAGGACAGUGAUGACAUUCAUUUUGAACCAGUAGUUCAAAUGCCUGAAAAAGUGGAACUUGUAACAGGAGAAGAAGAUGAAAAGGUUCUGUAUUCACAGCGGGUAAAAUUAUUUAGAUUUGAUGCUGAGAUAAGUCAGUGGAAAGAAAGGGGUUUGGGGAACUUAAAAAUUCUCAAAAAUGAGGUCAAUGGCAAACUACGAAUGCUGAUGCGAAGAGAACAAGUGCUAAAAGUGUGUGCUAAUCAUUGGAUAACAACUACAAUGAACCUGAAACCUCUCUCUGGAUCAGAUAGAGCAUGGAUGUGGUUAGCUAGUGAUUUCUCUGAUGGUGAUGCUAAACUAGAGCAGUUGGCAGCAAAAUUUAAAACACCAGAGCUGGCUGAAGAAUUCAAGCAGAAAUUUGAGGAGUGCCAGCGACUUCUAUUAGAUAUACCACUUCAGACUCCUCAUAAACUUGUAGAUACUGGCAGAGCUGCCAAGUUAAUACAGAGAGCUGAAGAAAUGAAGAGUGGACUGAAAGAUUUCAAAACAUUUUUGACAAAUGAUCAAACAAAAGUUACUGAUGAAGAGAAUAAAAGUUUAGGUACAGGUGCUGCCAGUGCUUCAGACGCAAUAGUCAAGCCAAAUCCUGAAAGCACUGGGCCCUCAUUAGAAUGGGAUAACUAUGAUUUAAGGGAAGAUGCUUUGGAUGAUAGUGUCAGUAGCAGCUCAGUACAUGCUUCUCCAUUGGCAAGCAGCCCCGUGAGAAAAAAUCUUUUCCGCUUUGGUGAGUCAACAACAGGAUUUAAUUUCAGUUUUAAAUCUGCUUUGAGUCCAUCUAAGUCUCCUGCCAAGUUGAAUCAGAGUGGAACUUCAGUUGGCACUGAUGAAGAAUCUGAUGUUACUCAAGAAGAAGAGAGAGAUGGACAGUACUUUGAACCUGUUGUACCUUUACCUGAUCUAGUUGAAGUAUCAAGUGGUGAGGAAAAUGAACAAGUUGUUUUUAGUCACAGGGCAAAACUCUACAGAUAUGAUAAAGAUGUUGGGCAAUGGAAAGAAAGGGGCAUCGGCGAUAUAAAGAUUUUACAGAAUUACGAUAACAAGCAAGUUCGUAUAGUGAUGAGAAGGGACCAGGUACUAAAACUUUGUGCCAAUCACAGAAUAACGCCAGACAUGACUUUGCAAAAUAUGAAAGGGACAGAAAGAGUGUGGGUAUGGACUGCAUGUGAUUUUGCAGAUGGAGAAAGGAAAAUAGAACAUUUAGCUGUCCGUUUUAAACUGCAGGAUGUUGCAGACUCCUUUAAGAAAAUUUUUGAUGAAGCAAAAACAGCCCAAGAAAAAGAUUCUUUAAUAACACCUCAUGUUUCACGUUCAAGUACUCCCAGAGAGUCACCAUGUGGCAAAAUUGCUGUAGCUGUGCUAGAAGAAACCACAAGAGAGAGGACAGAUUUAAUUCAGGGUGACAGUGUAACAGAUGCAACUUCAGAAGUUGGAGAAGUUUCUAGCACAUCUGAAACAACAAAAGCAGUGGUUUCUCCUCCAAAGUUUGUAUUUGGUUCAGAGUCUGUUAAAAGCAUUUUUAGUAGUGAAAAAUCAAAACCAUUUGCAUUUGGCAACAGUUCAGCCACUGGGUCUCUGUUUGGAUUUAGUUUUAAUGCACCUUUGAAAAAUAACAAUAGUGAAACUAGUUCAGUGGUGCAGAGUGGAUCUGAAAGAAAAGUGGAACCUAACGAAUGUGAGCUGUCAAAGAAAACUAAUACCAAACAAUCUUCUGAUGGCAAAGUCAAAAAUCUCUUUGCUUCCUUUCCAAAGGAAGAGUCCUCCGUUAAUUACACAUUUAAAACACCAGAAAAGGCAAAAGAGAAGGAAAAACCUGAAGAUCCUCCCUCAGAUGACGAAGUUCUCAUUGUGUAUGAACUAACUCCAACUGCUGAGCAAAAAGCCCUUGCAACCAAACUUAAACUUCCUUCAACUUUCUUCUGCUAUAAGAAUAGACCAGAUUAUGUUAGUGAAGAAGAGGAGGAUGAUGAAGAUUUCGAAACAGCUGUCAAGAAACUUAAUGGAAAACUGUAUCUGGAUGACUCAGAAAAAUGUUGGCCAUUGGAAGAAAAUCUAGCCGAUAAUGAGAAGGAUUGUGUUAUUAUUUGGGAAAAGAAACCAACGGUUGAAGAGAAGGCAAAAGCAGAUACAUUAAAACUUCCACCUACGUUUUUCUGUGGAGUCUGCAGUGAUACUGAUGAAGACACUGGAAAUGGGGAAGACUUUCAAUCAGAGCUUCAAAAAGUUCAGGAAGCUCAAAAAUCUCAGAGUGAAGAAAUAACUAGCACAGCCAACAGUGUGUGUACAGGUGGGACUGAAAUGACAGCACCUUUUUUCUGUAAAUCUGAAGAACCCGAUUCUAUUACCAAAUCUCUUAGUUCACCACCUAUUUCCUCUGGAACUGCAGAGAAACCUGUAGAUUUGUCUACUAGAAAGGAAAUUGAUGCAGAUUCUACAAGCCAAGUGGAAAGCAAGACAGUUUCAUUUGGAUUUGGAAGUAGCACAGGGCCGUCAUUUGCAGACUUGGCUUCCAGUAAUUCUGGGGAUUUUGCUUUUGGUUCUAAAGAUAAAAAUUUCCAGUGGGCAAAUACCGGAGCAACUGUGUUUGGAACACAGUCAACCAGUAAAGUUGGUGAAGAUGAAGAUGGUAGUGAUGAAGAAGUAGUUCAUAAUGAAGAUAUCCAUUUUGAACCAAUAGUUUCAUUACCAGAGGUAGAAGUAAAAUCUGGAGAAGAAGAUGAAGAAAUUUUAUUUAAAGAGAGAGCCAAACUUUAUAGAUGGGAUCGGGAUGUCAGUCAGUGGAAGGAGCGUGGUGUUGGCGAUAUAAAGAUUCUUUGGCAUACAAUGAAGAAUUACUAUCGGAUCCUAAUGAGAAGAGACCAGGUCUUUAAAGUGUGUGCAAACCAUGUUAUUACCAAAACAAUGGAAUUAAAGCCCUUAAAUGUUUCAAAUAAUGCUUUAGUUUGGACUGCGUCAGAUUAUGCUGAUGGUGAAGCAAAAGUGGAACAGCUUGCAGUGAGAUUUAAAACUAAAGAAAUGGCUGAUUGUUUUAAGAAAAAAUUUGAAGAAUGUCAGCAGAAUUUAUUGAAACUCCAGAAAGGACAUGUGUCACUGGCAGCAGAAUUAUCAAAGGAGACCAAUCCUGUGGUGUUUUUUGAUGUUUGCGCAGAUGGUGAACCUCUAGGACGUAUAACCAUGGAAUUAUUUUCAAACAUUGUUCCUCUAACUGCUGAGAACUUCAGAGCACUGUGCACUGGAGAGAAGGGCUUUGGUUUCAAGAACUCCAUUUUUCACAGAGUAAUUCCAGAUUUUGUUUGCCAAGGGGGAGAUAUCACCAAACAUGAUGGAACAGGAGGACAGUCCAUUUAUGGAGACAAAUUUGAAGAUGAAAAUUUUGAUGUGAAACAUACUGGUCCUGGGUUACUAUCCAUGGCCAAUCGAGGCCGGGAUACCAAUAAUUCUCAAUUUUUUAUAACACUGAAAAAAGCAGAACAUUUGGACUUUAAGCAUGUAGUGUUUGGGUUUGUUAAGGAUGGCAUGGAUACUGUGAAAAAGAUUGAAUCAUUUGGUUCUCCUAAAGGGUCUGUUAGUCGAAGAAUAAGUAUCACAGAAUGUGGACAGAUAUAAAAAUUUUUUUUCAUUGUGAAUUUUUUCUGUAUAAGCAGUUGAAUUGAAGCUUAGCUAUUACAGACAAUAUGGUAAUUAUGUUCAGCUUUUGAAAAUGGACGUUUCUGCUGUAUAAAUGUAAAAUUGCAGCUUAUAGCUGUUGUCACUUUUUAAUGUGUUAUAAUUGACCUUGCAUGGUGUGAAAUAAAAGUUUAAACACUGGUGUAUUUCAGGUGUACUUGUGUUUAUGUACUCCUGACAUAUCUGUAUUAAAAUGGAAUAAUAUUAAUCUUGUUAAAAGCAAUAGACCUUCUUAAAUUAUUGAAGGGAUAUGAUAUAUGCAAUUAAGUUUUAAUUCCUUUUAAGAUAUUUGGACUUUCUGCAUGAAUAUACGUACCAUUUAAAUAAAGGGACCACAACUUGAUAAUUUUAUUUUAGAUUUGAAGUAUAUUUGGUAAUCUUAACUGUUGGUGUGCUUGUUUAUACAGACUCAUGUUUGAAUGAGUAGAGUCACAGAAGGUAGAGAGUUAACCAAAGUGCUCUUCUAUAAUCUUUAUUACACCUCUUGUGUAGUUACAAGUUAACUUUUAAAUAGCGUACCUUCCUUUCUUAAAAUAUGUAGCAUCCUGUGCCCUUUCCAAAGGUAUUAAAUUAAUAUUUACAUUUUAAACAAGUUCACUAUUUCAUUACUUGUAUUUUUUUUUUUUCUUUUUUUAAGCUUUCUGUCAUCUGUCUUUACUACCUCAGAAACUGCAGCUUGGUUCUGAUGAUAGAUACUGAAUUUUUCCUUGCAGUUAUUGUGAUAAAGUAUGAAUAUUUUUAGAAGGUCUAUAUACAUGGUCUUUGGUUAAAGAUUUGCUUUAUACUAGAAUGUUGCAGUACCUUUUUCUGGUAAAUUUUGUAGCAGAAAUAAAGUGACAAUUCAUAAGA